AAAACUGAACCACUUGAAAACGCAAUGGAAAAAACAUUUGCAAGGCUAAUGACAUUUACCCCAAGUCUGUAGGGUUUCGGUGGCUUUUGCGUUUCAGCGGCAGUCUGAAUCGAAGUUCGGCGGACGAGAGAUGACUUUGAUCCUACUGGCCGCCCUCUCCACCAUCUACGACGGGAUGUUUAACUACGUGAAGGCCAAAUUCCCGUUCGUGAUCGAGGCCGCCAUGGUUACUCUGUGCUUUGGCUCCAUCGUGGGUCGAUUUUGCAUACUGGCCUAGGAGAAAACUCAGAGGACUCGGAGGAACUUUUUAUUUAUGUAUAUAUGGAUGUGUCUUGUGGCUUUAUGUGAAUACAAACUAAUGGCUUAGACCUAAA